UCACAUUUCACUGUAUUACUUAAAAUACACACCCAGACAAAGCGCACACAGACUCCUCUCUCUCUCUCUCUUCACCGCCCAUCCUUUCUCAUCUUCAACUCACAACAAACUCUGUCUUCAUCGCAGAAAGUCCGCUUGGUUUGUCGAAAGCGAAUGCAACCUAAUCCUGUUUUGCUACUCGAUCGAAUCCGCUACUGUGUUUUGAGAAGAUACCACCUGUGAAGAUUUUAUUCCAAGUUUGCUUGUGGUGUUGUGUGUUAUACUGCUAUCGGAUCGAGUGUAAAGUAGUUUUGAUUCCAUAGCUCGAUUUGUUUAUUUCUGAUCGUUUUGAAGAUCUUCUGAAGCAAUUUGUGAAGCUUGAUUCGGUGUUUUUCGGCUCUUGUUAUUUCUUGAUUGUGAAUUUCAUCGUUUUGUAGUUAAAACGACUCUUGGAAGAUUUACAGAGCUAGGUCGGAGGUCUUUGUUUAUUUUACUCGAUUAUAAUAUUGUACCGUCGGAAGUAGUUGUAGUCUUUGUUUUCCCGAUGUCCUGAAUUUUGAGGAAAGAGAGAGGAAGCGUGCGCCUGAGUAGAUUCUUGUGUACGUGCGAACCGGGGGCUUUAAAUUCGAGAGGCUCGUAAACGACGUGAAGCAAUGCCUCACCGGACCACUUACUUCUUCCCCAGGCAAUUUCCGGAUCACGGAUUUGAUGCAUCAACUAGUAGCAAGCCCCUGUUUGAUCACGAGAAAAAGAUCAACCAGAAAGAGACCUUCAACGUUGAAAAUGACAACCAAAAGUCAUCGUCAAAGUCCACCAACUUUACAGCUACAAAGGAGGUCACGGUUGGCAAGGCGUCAGCCGUUUCAGAUGAAAAGUUCCUAAACAAGAAAGAACAGUUUGCAGCCUUUUGCGAGUGGUUUGCGGAGAAGAAGGGGGAGAGAUCCGGUCACGUGAAGCUGCAUAGAUUAUCAUGCGACGAGGGUCACGAGCUAUUGUUGCCACCAGAGCGUCCGGUGUCGGAAAUAAUAAAGGACCGGGACGUUGACCGUAACUUCGAUAGGCAAGUUUCGUUGCCGAGGCUAUCUAGCGGGAGUAGUUAUGCCGGGAGCUUGUUCUCUGGGACCACGGUGGACGGGAACUUCUCCAGCGAUGUCAAAGACACUGUUUCCUCGUCCACACCGACGCAGACAAUGGUGUCAACGACGGCGAGGGAGAUUGAAGUGGAGGUGGCUGGGGAGAGGGAGGAGGAGGCGGAGGAGGAGGUGAAGGUGAAGGAAGAGAGGAGGAAUAUAGAAAGCGUGGCCCAAAGAACAAGUGAGAUCUAUUACUUGCAGCUUUCUUUGGCGAGGAGGCUUGCUUCUCAAGCAAGCUUAGCUGACGAAUUUGUGGUUUUGAGAGAGAGUGGAACCGACACCAUCGAUGCAGAGACUGUUUCUUAUCGUCUCUGGGUUAGUGGUUGUUUAUCAUAUAGUGACAAGAUAUCGGAUGGAUUUUAUAACAUUUUGGGCAUGAAUCCUUAUCUAUGGGUCAUGUGCAACAGUGAGGAGGAUGGUAGAAGGCUGCCAUCUUUGAUGGCACUUAAAGAAAUUGAACCAGGUGAGACAUCAAUGGAGGUUGUUCUUGUUGAUGGACAGGGUGACUCCCGCCUCAAGGAACUUGAGGAUAUGGCCCGAGAGUUAUAUUGUGCCUCAGAAAGCACACUAGUGUUGGUGGAGAAACUAGGAAAACUCGUUGCCGUUUACAUGGGGGGAACUUUUCCUGUGGAGCAAGGUGACCUUCACAAGCGCUGGAAAUUGGUGAGCAAAAGAUUGAAGGAUUUUCAGAAGUGCAUUGUGCUUCCCAUUGGCAGCCUAUCUACUGGUCUCUGCAGGCAUCGUGCAAUUCUUUUCAAGAAAUUGGCAGACUAUAUAGGUUUGCCUUGUCGGAUAGCUAGAGGGUGCAAGUAUUGCGUAGCAGACCAUCGCUCUUCUUGCCUCGUCAAAAUUGAAGAUGACAGGCAGAUCCCCAGGGAAUAUGUUGUUGAUCUGGUUCGGGAACCAGGAAAUAUCCAUGGUCCAGAUUCCUCAAUCAAUGGGGCAGUCUCUUCAAUUCCUUCCCCACUUCAAGUCUCUCAUCUAAAAGAAGGCCAACAGUCCAACAUGGAAACCGCAUCUUCUUGUCAGAUUCUUGACUCAAAGCACUCAUGUGGUCUUCCUGAAAAUUCUUCAUAUUCAGGCAGAGGGGAGGAAAUUCAACAAGUGGAUGACUGGAUUGAAAAUCUCAGAGGUUCCAUAUAUCCUGCAAUUGAUCAACCUUGUGUUGUGAAGGAAUCUUUCCCAAUACCUGGACUAGGAGAAGAUGAUAGUGUUGUGCAACAGACUUACAACAAUGAGAUUGUUGUAUCUGGAAGUCCUGUAGUAAGCAAUUCUGUCAAGCAAACCAUGGUGAACUUAUGCAGUCCCUCGGAUGUGAUUGAGGUCAAUAGUAGACUUAAAGAUCGAUCUCCUGCUUCAACAAUUCCCAGAUACUUGAAUCUUGAACCUUCUCUUGCAAUGGACUGGCUCGAGAUUUCGUGGGAUGAACUGCACAUUAAGGAGCGUAUUGGUGCUGGUUCAUUUGGAACAGUGCAUCGUGCGGAAUGGCAUGGAUCGGAUGUUGCAGUGAAAGUUUUAACUGUCCAAGAUUUUCAUGAUGAUCAGUUGAAGGAGUUCCUAAGAGAGGUUUCGAUAAUGAAGCGUGCCCGUCAUCCAAAUGUUGUCCUCUUCAUGGGUGCAGUGACCAAGCGUCCUCAUUUAUCCAUUGUGACAGAAUAUCUGCCUAGUCUAUACCGUCUCAUACACAGGCCUGCUGCUGGGGAAGUAUUAGAUCACAGGAGGCGGUUGCGCAUUGCACUGGAUGUGGCCAAGGGUAUCAAUUAUCUUCAUUGUCUUAAUCCUCCCGUAGUUCACUGGGAUCUUAAAUCUCCAAAUUUAUUGGUUGACAAAAACUGGACAGUAAAGGUAUGUGAUUUUGGGUUGUCCAGAUUCAAGCCGGAUACUUUCAUAUCAUCUAAGUCUGUUGCUGGAACACCUGAGUGGAUGGCUCCAGAGUUCCUUCGUGGAGAGCCUUCAAAUGAGAAGUCUGAUGUUUAUAGUUUCGGUGUGAUCCUAUGGGAGCUUCUGACCAUGCAGCAGCCCUGGAAUGGACUUUGUCCUGCACAGGUUGUUGGAGCUGUAGCUUUUCAGAACAGAAAGCUUGUUAUCCCACCAGAUACCCCCCCAGCAUUGGCUUCCCUGAUGGAAUCUUGUUGGGCUGAUGACCCUGCAGAACGCCCGUCUUUUUCUAAGAUAGUUGAGUCGCUUAAGAAGUUGCUCAAGUCUUCAUCUCAGUCUAUAGCUAGUCAAUGAAGCCCGACCCAGCGGCCUGAUUGUCAUAUUUCCCUAGUGAAAUAAUUUUGAAUCCACCGAUUUGAUACCAUGGAGAUUUAACUUGCUGCAAUGACCGCACCCUCAGUUAACAUUCAGCUAACAGAAACCUUUCCGCUCGAGGCAACUGUAGAUGUGUUGCUGAUCUAACUCCAUUUGAAAGGCAUCAAAACUCAAUUGAGCCAGAGCUUAUAACCAAAACGAAAAAUGCUAAUAAGGGCCUUAUAUUUAUGUAGGUUACUGGGAGCAGCCUCUCUCAUAUAUAAGUUAUUUCCGAUUGUAAAUCCAAAAUGUUUCAAAAUUAGGAAAUUAUGUUUUUUUUUUCUUUUCCUCUAGCUGUAUCAGAUACCAUAUUGGGACUGUUGUAACGUUUAUUCAGCCUCACGAUAUCUAAAUAAUGCAGUCAGUCUGCUAGAAAAAUAUUUGGCAUCGAAGUAGCAAAUAAGAUGGCAUGCUUUGGGUUUUGUUCUUA